AUGGAGGGCGACUGGCGAGAGGCCCAGAAGCGGCUUCUGAUUGAGGAGAGCGAUGCAUGGUUUGACCGGCAUGGCAUGCGGCUGCAGCUGCUGCGGCUGCCGCUUUCGUUGCCGCCUAAAUGCAGAAAUUGGGCAGAUGUAGCAGAGCAGCUGCAGCAGCACCCGCUGCACCUGAAACUCCUCAACCACCAGCGACUCCUCGCGAAACGUAUAAAGGCCAACUGGAGCUUUUCAGCAUCGGUACGCAACUGUCCCAGUGAUCCGCGCAACCGCCACCUGCCCUUCCGGCUGCAGCCGCUGCCGCGUGCUGUUGCUGCUGAGCUGCAGCAGCUGAGUCGCGAGUUGUUAUGCGAGGAUUUUGAUGGUUUGCUGCUAACAGUUCACAGCAAGCAGGUCCGGCCCAAACCCUCCGGAAAAAACACGGUUCCGAACACGGUGGGGCUGUCUAAGGUGUUUGGUGGUUGUUUGAUUGAAUCUCUCGCUUCUAACGAACGUCAGCUGCGCGCGUUAUGGGUGAAUCACCGCCUCUCAGCUCGCAGCACGCGGCUGCUGCUGCAGGUGUUGCUGCCGCGGGCUGUCGUGGAGGCCUUUGCGUUGGAAGCAUUCACCUACGUACCUUCCUCGCUGCAGCAGCAGCAGCAGCAGCAGCAGCAGCAAACACGGUUCGGUUGGCCGCUACACUAUGACAUCAAGGGGAAGGCCGCUGCCGUUCAUCUGGAUGCCGGCGUCAGCGAGAGCCUCACCUGCAGCUGUCAGCUGUCGCGCACUUGCCUUCGUCCAAGCGAGCAAGCCACAGUGGACCGUUUUCUAAUGGUGACGGAGCCGUUAUUGCAUUUGCUGCUGCCGCCUCGCGCUGAGAGACGCAGCCUGAAUAUCGAUAACCACCCGCUAUUCUGCCGACAGGGGCAGAGUACAUCUUGCCCGUCGGCACCCGCAGUAAAGAAGAAACCGGGGAGGAAGCGCAAGCGCAGUCAUCAGGAUUCUCCUCAAGCAGAAGGUUUGGCAGGGGAACGAAAGGGCUGGAGAGAGUUCAUAGGCAGCGGUCGAGAUGAGGAACUCGCCAGAGAGGCUGCCUGCCUGCUGACAGGAUCUGCAUAUUCGCCGCCUCCGUCUCUCUUCAGCAAAGAAGACGAAUGGUGUGGGCUGACUCCAGAAGAUGUACUUCAUUUGGUCUCCGACUGCGAGCAGGAGGACUCUGGCGAUGAGACGCGGGGCGCGCAGUCCCCGGCCGGCACUCAGGCGAAGCCCUCUGCUUCAGGCCGGCAGACGAAGCCCCAGAAACCGAACUGUGCCGGAUCUUUAGCUGCCAAGACACCCCAGCAUCCGCCGGCUCAUCCGAGUCGACCAACUGGCCGCGGCCGUCCCCCAUCAGUGCCUUCCUUUGCAUCUCCUAGACGGGGAGAGAUGCUUCCGGAGAGCUGCUCGCAGCAACACGCCUCAUCUUUGCAGUCUCAGCCGAGUCUCACACACAGCAGCGGUCGAGGCAGCCAGGGCCCUAGGAGGCCAUGUGCACAGGAGAGUCUCCUGAGGGACUCCGAGAAGGGAUUGACGGCUGCUGGGGAUGGUUUGAGUUGGGAGGAGGAGGCUGGAGGUGGCGUAAGGCGUAGCGUACGUGUUUCUAAGAAGAGCAGAGAGAAGGUAUCUUCGUGA